GACCGGAGACGCAUCCAUCCUCUGCUGAGAACCAUGCGCUGCCGACUGAGUCCUGCUGGAAUGAAACGACUGAAAGGGGCUUUUAAGGGACUCACCUGUGGAUUUGCGUCGUCAAGAUGCCUUAUUUGACCAAACCUCUGAUUUUACUUCUAUGUCUGGUUGUUACCGGUGAAUGCCGUAAGCACGGUCACCGGGUGCGGAGAUGGACCGGUACCGUGGAGACGCAAAAGCAUGGCACCUCGUUGGCAAAGAAGCCUCCAGAUGUGACCAAGUCUCGCAAAACAAAGACAGAGCAUCUGCUCAAAGUAGACGAUCAUGACUUCACCAUGAGGCCAGCAUUUGGAGGGCCUGCAAUUCCUGUUGGAGUGGAUGUUCAGGUGGAGAGCUUGGACAGCAUCUCUGAGGUCGAUAUGGACUUCACCAUGACUCUGUACCUGAGGCACUACUGGAAGGAUGAGCGCCUGUCGUUCACCAGCAGCACCAACAAGAGCAUGACUUUUGAUGGUCGUCUAGUGAAGAAGAUCUGGGUCCCUGAUGUCUUCUUUGUCCACUCUAAGAGGUCCUUUAUCCACGACACUACCACCGAUAACAUCAUGCUGCGUGUCUUUCCUGAUGGACAUGUCCUCUACAGCUUGAGAGUGACAGUGACAGCAGCCUGUAACAUGGACUUCAGCCGCUUCCCUCUGGAUUCUCAGACCUGCUCCCUGGAGCUGGAGAGCUAUGCUUAUACAGAUGAAGACCUGAUGCUCUACUGGAAAAGUGGUGAUGAGUCUCUCAGCACGGACGAUCGCAUUUCCUUAUCACAGUUCCUCAUCCAAAAGUUCCACACAACAUCUCGCUUGGCCUUCUACAGCAGCACAGGCUGGUAUAAUCGUCUCUACAUCAACUUCACGUUGCGACGCCACAUCUUCUUCUUCCUUCUGCAGACAUACUUUCCUGCCACGCUCAUGGUGAUGCUUUCAUGGGUGUCGUUCUGGAUCGACCGCCGGGCUGUGCCGGCCAGAGUUUCCCUCGGCAUCACCACAGUGCUGACCAUGUCCACCAUCAUCACUGGAGUGAAUGCGUCCAUGCCCCGGGUGUCCUACAUUAAAGCGGUGGACAUCUACCUUUGGGUCAGCUUCGUCUUCGUCUUCCUCUCUGUGUUGGAGUACGCUGCCGUCAACUACCUGUCCACCGUCCAGGACCGCAGAGAGCGCAAGAUGAGAGAGCGGGCACGAUCUCAGUCACUUCCGUGCACCUGCGGGAUGUCCCAGACUCGGACCAUGACUAUGCUGGAUGGUACGUACAGCGAGGCCGACACCAACAGCCUGGCUGGCUACACUGAGGAGCCCAUGGUGCCAGAGGAGGAGCAGGAGGAGAUGCAUGAGGUUCCAGAGAAACCUGAACACAUGGUGGUCCACCUGUCAGUGAGCAGUGAGUCCACCACCACCAAGAAGAAGAAGAGCCUGCGUGCCCUCAACAUCAUCCAGAACACGCAUGCCAUUGACAAAUACUCACGGAUGAUUUUCCCUGGUUCCUACAUCUUCUUCAACCUUAUCUACUGGUCAGUCUACUGCUGAAAGACACUCCUGAGUCUGGACUGAGGCCGGAGACAUUUAUACCCAGACAGCAUGAAUGCUGCAUCAGAAUGGAACACUAACUCCAACAAUACUGUUGUAUUUUAUGUCUGGUUCUGCCAAGUGCAAGUUUUGCAAAAAUUCAGCAUUGAAACUUGAGGAUUGAUUUAGAACUAAUUUGUUUGUUUUUUUCCUCAUGCAGCAAUUUGAAUGUUUGUAAAUGCUCUAGACAAUUUACAAAGAAAAAAUAAUUUAAAUAAUGUUUUCAAACUACUGAAGCUGAUUCUCUAUUUGAGCUUUAUUAACUGUCAACUGCUGUUGAAAAGCUUGUCCUUAUUACUGCUUUUCCUGACAUAGUGGGGGAAAAAGUCCAUGUUUGUAUUUGACUUGUAACAUUUAUAGGUUGUGAUAUGGUACACUUUGAGUUUGCACAUACUGUGAGCUGCUCAAUUCAUGGUCUCUGUAUUUACAUUCAUCUGUAAUGAUUGCCAACCUGAGAAUAACCAUGAUUAUAACGUUUUUAGGCUCAUUAUCAAUCAGUUAAGACUUAAUUUUGAAUAUGUCAAGAUAACACAUUUUGACUAUAUUCUUUAAGCCUGUUAUCCAAAAAAAUGUUUGUUAAUGUUAUUAAAUGAGUCAGACUGAGAGGGCACACCCCUGCACUGCAAAAAAGGUGUGUCUAAAAACAACAUAAAAACAAUAAAUCUUGCUGUAUGGACAGAUAAUUUCACUUGACAAGAUUUCUUAAAUUUAGAUUAUUAAAUCUAGAAAUGAGCCGAUUGUACGCCUAUGUUACGGCUGGCUGCUGUUUAUCAU